CCUGCUCCCCCGCCAGCACCGAUGGUCGGCGUCUAUACUCUCCUUCAGUUUCAGCAGGCACAGCAAUUGUUUCAAAAGGAUGCACAGUUUAUUACACCCGAAGCAAUUGAGAAUGUAAAAGCUGCUCUUGCCAGCAGCAACAUUGAACACAAAGCAGAAGCCAAUAAGAAAGCAAUACCACAUAAAGCUGCUGGGCAGUCGUGGGAGGAUCCAACACUUGCGGAAUGGCCUGAAAACGAUUAUCGAGUGUUUUGUGGUGAUCUCGGUAAUGAGAUGAAUGAUGACGUACCUUCAAAAGCCUUUUCGCGAUUUCCUUCCUUUAACAUGGCCAAGAUUUUUGUUUGAAGAACUCAGAGCAAUUCUGUUGUUUUAUCUGUUUUAAGGUAGGUUAUGCUCAUUGUUGUGUUGCUCAACUAUACAUCCCUAUUAGUGAAUGCUAGGUAAAGUUCAUCAGGUGUCUCCAUUAGGGUCGUCUUUUACUGGUGUGAAUAGGUUGAUAGUUGUGACACUUGGCAAAAUUGGUGCAUCUCAUUAUCCUGAGUACUUUAGAAGGUUAUUUAAAGCGCACAUGAAAACUUGCUAAGGCAAUAUGACUGAAAAUUUUAACUCGUUAUUUGUUGUGCCUAUGUCGCUACAAAAGCUUGGUGUGGCUCAUUAAAUAGGCGAACUCAUUUCGCACCUCGGAGCUUUAGCUGUGCUAUAGUGAGACGCCCGCUUUGAAUGCAUCGUACUAAUGAUGCUUGACAGAAUAGGUUACU